GGGAAUUACCAUAAAGUUAUACAUGACUUCCCGUACAAACAUUAAUAUACAGACCCGAGUUUUUAUAUUAUAAUUUGGACCUAUAAAUAACCCACACCCUUCAAUUCAAUUCAAUUCAAUUCAUUCAUUCAUUCAUCAUAAACUUCAUACAUAUAUAGUUACAGUUAUGAUGAGUCCCUACAGAUCUUCUUCCUCUUCUUCUUCUUCGUCAGCCAUGGCAAUGGCUGCCCUCUUCUUUCUCUUUUUCACCCUCUCGUCCGCCGUGGACAUGUCCAUCAUCACCUACGACAGCCACCACAUGAGCGGCGGCUCGUCGGAGAGAACGGAGGAGGAGGUGAUGGGCAUCUACGAGCGGUGGCUAGCCGACCACCGGAAAACGUAUAACGGGCUGGGAGAGAAGCAGGAGAGGUUUCAGAUUUUUAAGGACAACUUGAGGUUCAUUGAGGAGCACAACGCCUUGAACCGGUCCUACAAGGUGGGGUUGAACCGGUUCGCCGACCUCACCAACGAGGAGUUCCGGUCCAUGUACUUGGGUGGCAAUUAUAUGCGCAGCUUUGCCAAGUCCAGGGGCUCCAGCAGCAGCCGGUACGCUUUCCGGGCCGGAGACGAGUUGCCGGAAUCUGUGGAUUGGAGGGCGAAGGGAGCUGUUAAUCCGGUUAAAGACCAAGGACAAUGCGGGAGUUGCUGGGCAUUCUCAACAAUCGCAGCAGUGGAAGGCAUCAACCAGAUCGUCACUGGCAAACUAGUCUCUCUAUCCGAGCAAGAGCUCGUCGACUGUGACACACUGUACAACUCGGGAUGCAAUGGAGGCGUCAUGGACUACGCUUUCGAAUUCAUCAUCGGCAACGGCGGCAUCAACACCGAACAGAACUACCCUUACACCGCCGCCGACGGCAGCUGCGAUGAGUCUCUCAUGCGUGCGAAGGCAGCAAGCAUUGAUGGGUUUGAAGAUGUUCCCCCAUUUGACGAGAAGUCCCUGAAGAAGGCAGUGGCAAAUCAACCCGUUAGCGUCGCCAUUAAUGCCGGCGGCCGUGCUUUCCAACUCUACGAUUCGGGGGUAUUCACGGGGGAAUGCGGAACAGAGCUGGACCAUGGGGUGGCGGCGGUUGGGUAUGGCACGGAAAAUGGGAAGGAUUACUGGAUAGUGAGGAACUCAUGGGGCGCCGGCUGGGGCGAGACUGGUUACAUAAGGAUGCAGCGCAAUCUGGCCGAGAAUUCCUUCGGCAAGUGCGGCAUCGCAAUGCAGCCCUCCUACCCCACGAAGAGAAACACCACCCAAAACCCUUCUACCUACGGGGUCUAUGCCAAGAGCAGCAGUGCUUGAAAUGCCCAGAAGCUGUUCGAAGAAAAGCCACUGAAGAUAUCGUUUCACGCUCUUCUUGUUUUAAAUUAUUUAUAUAAACAUUAAUCAUGAUCGUGCAGUCGUGAAUAAAAUAAAAAACAAUUCAACUUGAAAUUACCCAGGUUGAAAAUCAACAAUCUCUUGUGUAUCCUAGCAAUUAACCAUUUGCUGACUGUUUGUAGGAUCCUUCUACGUAUGUUGUUGCCCUGUUUUUUCAAUUACUGUGUUACUUCAGUUAUUUGAAUCCACUCCCUGGCCGUUUGGCCCUCUAGAUCUUCAGAACAGCAGAAAUAAAAUGUGUUUGUUCUUUCA